AUUGCACAUUCAUCUCCCUGUCUCAGGAGAAAAGUUUCUUGUUGAUUUUAUUAUAUUAUAUACACGUUUGAAAAAAAUAAUUUCAACACAAACAUGAAUAAAGAUAAAUUAAAAGGAAAAUCUGCAGUUGUAUCUACCCACACAUCAACUUCACAACGUAGUCGCUCACAGUUAGCCGGACUUCAGUUUCCAGUUGGGCGAAUACAUCGCUAUUUAAAAAAAGGUCGAUACGCUGAACGUGUCGGAAGCGCUGCACCAGUUUACAUGGCUGCCGUACUUGAAUAUCUAACGGCUGAAAUAUUAGAGUUAGCUGGAAACGCUGCUCGUGAUAACAAAAGAUCAAGAAUAAAGCCGCGUCACAUAUUGCUUGCAGUUCGAAAUGACGACGAGAUAAAUACCCUGUUAAAAAAUGUCAUAAUUGCAGAAGGUGGAGUCCUACCAAACAUUCAAUCAGCUCUUUUGCCUCCUCGAAAAGAACAUUCUUAUACAAGUACAGUAAAUGAAGGUAGUCAAAGCCAAACUUACUAAAAAUCAUCUGUAAAUGAUUUUUAGUAAGUUUGGCUUUGACUUUUUUUAUAGUGUAUUAACGUACUGAAAAUUAUUUGACAAAAUGAUUUUUAGUACUUUAAUACACUAUAAAAAAGCUAGAAAUUU